AUGGAUACGCCUCCGUCUUCCGAAUCUUUUGGAAUCUCAAGCACCACCGUGGACGAAAUCGACGAGCCUUCUUUCGAAACAACUGAGUCAGGGAAUGACCCAUUUACGGAAAAAGGAGAGGACUUUGAAGUAGUCGACUCGUGUGUGGAUACGGAUUUGACUGAUUCGGGUCGGGACCGGGUCGACCCGUUUAAUUCCGGGUGGAAUAGCAUGGGCGGCGAGAAAGCGACCACCUUGAAUGAUGCCGGAGCUGAGGAUUAUGCUGAACCGGAGCUUACUUCUACGGAUCGGUCUCUCCUUGGGUCAUUGACCAGGCUUGUGAUCAGGUCUGUCCAGUUUCAAGUGAGUUUGAUGAUUAGCUUGAUUGGGUUUCCUCCAUGGUUAGUUUAUAGCUGCUUGGCCUUCGUUUUCGAACCUUAUCGAACAAUGAGGCGUGGUAGACGCUAUUUACUAUCGAAGAUUGUUAAAUUUUUUGAUUUAGGGUUGGAAGAUCAUAAGUUCGUGGUGGAGCUUGUACGGAGGUUAGCUUGGGGUUUGUUUUGGGCUGUUUAUGUGGGCAUUGUGUUGUUUGCGUUGUUGGUUUCUGCGUUCAUGAUUAGUAGUUUUGUGAUUACCCAUUUGGCUCAUGAACCACUUGUGAUCAAAGAGAGCUUGAAUUUCGAUUACACCAUGAAUAGUCCAGAAGCAUAUGUGCCUAUAAUCUCGUGUGGUUCGAGUUGUAAGGAAAGUAUCGAAACCGGGAAGAUCAGAGGCUUUAAGGUUAACCCUUCAAAUCACAGGACAGAGAUCACUGUCUCCAUGACAUUACCUGAGUCCGAGUACAAUAGAAAUCUCGGGAUGUUUCAGGUUCGGGUGGACUACUUAUCCGCGAGUGGUCAAGUCCUUGCAAGUUCAAGGCGGCCGUGUAUGGUAAGAUUCAGAAGCGAGCCUAUCCGUCUUGUCCAGACUUUCCUAAAGAUUGCUCCGCUUGUCACGGGAUAUGUCUCUGAAAUCCAAACUUUGAACUUGAAACUCAAAGGGUUUGUCGAAAAGGACAUGAUUCCCACUGCUUGCUUGAAGAUAAUGAUUGAACAACGCGCAGAGUUUCUUCCUGCAGCAGGUAUUCCAGAGAUUUACGAUGCGUCUCUGUUGCUCGAAUCCGAACUUCCUUUCUUCAAAAGAAUCAUAUGGAACUGGAGGAGAACUUUAUUCGUCUGGAUCAGCAUGAGUUUGUUCAUUACGGAACUGCUUUUUGUCUUAGUUUUCUUCAGACCUCUGAUCAUUCCAAGAACAGAUCAGAGAAGACAACAAAGAGAUAGAAGAAUACCUUCCAUCAACAAUACUUCAAAUCUGGAUGUUCAGGUGGGAAGUAGAUGA